AUGUUUGAGCUUGGUGUGGAUGGAAUUGUGAAGCAAUAUCAAGCUGAUCUAAAAACGUACAUUCCACCAGAUAUGUCACAUACAGCAUUCGAUAAAAAUAUGAAAAAAAAUCGUUAUAAGGAUGUGAUAUGCAUUGAUAAGACACGUGUUGUAUUGCAGGAGGGAGAAUCUGACUAUAUUCACGCAAACCACGUUAAAGGUGAUCCAUUCCUGAACUCAUUCAUUUGUACUCAGGGACCAAUGAAAAUAACAGUAAACGAUUUCUGGAUUAUGAUAAUGCAAGAAAAAGUAAGCAAUAUUAUUAUGCUCUGCAAUAUUCUUGAAGUGGCAAAAACAAAUGCUUUCAAUACUGGCCACAAGAUGUUGGCUCAUCGCUUACAUUUGGAGAUAUACAAGUAUCAUGUUCUGAGGCCUGAUAAAGGUGUACCAACAAGUGUAUUGGCUCCAUUUCGGAUAUUAAGAAUUGUACGACAGUCGCUGCAUCGUACUACGGUUGUUCAUUGCUCAGCAGGUAUUGGUCGUACCGGCUGCAUAGUUGCUAUCGAAAUGGGUUUACAACAAAUUCUAUCCGGAAAACCGUUGUUUCUUAUUGAUAUGAAAGCUGAAAAAUUCUCCGAUGAAUAUACUGCUAUGCUAGCAGCUAAAAAAGCUGCAAGAGAACAGAAAAUUACAGCACAACCGGAAACUGAACGAACUGAUGAUCAGGCAGCAAUAAUGAAAGUAGAAGAGAAGAAAGAAGAACCAUCACAAAAAUCAAAACAAUCAGUACAGGAAGUUAUAGAACGUGCAGCAGUGUUAAGAUUAGAACCACCAAAAAUUGAACAAAAGCAGCCACAACCGUUGCAGAUAUUUGCGAAUGAGAAGCAAUCAUCGAAAGUUGAACAAGCGCCUUCUGCUGUUCCGGUUCAACAGAUCGAGAAAUCAACUCAACCGAUACCAGCACCUCUUGCUGAUAUAGUUCAAGGACAGUUGAAACAAGUCCAGCUAAUACCAACUGCUCCUGCUGUCCCAACUCAUCAAUCACAGAAGCAAAUUCAACCGGUACCAAAAGGUCCUGUUGUCCCGAUUCAGCAACCGCACAAACAAAUCCAACCGGUAUCAAUAACUCCUGCUGCUCCCGUUCAGCAACCACAGAAGCAACUUCAACAGAUACCAAUAGCUGCUGCUGUCCUAACUCAGCAAACGCAGAAGCAAAUUCAACCGGUACCAAAAGGUCCUGUUGUCCGGAUUCAGCAACCGCACAAACAAAUUCAACCGGUAUCAACAACUCCUGCUGUCCCAAUUCAGCAACCACAGAAACAAAUCCAACCAGUACAAACAGCUCCUACUCCUACUGUUCCAAUACUGCAACCGCAGAAGCCAGUCCACUCGGCACCGAGAGUUCUCGUUGUCUCAACUGAGCAAUCUCAGAAACAAAUUCAACCGGUACCAACAGCUCCUGUUGUUCCAACUCAGCAACCACAGAAACAAGUUCAACCGGUACAAACAGCUCCUACUCCUACUGUUCCAACACUGCAACCGCAGAAGCCAACCCAAUCUGUCCCAACUGAGCAAUCUCAGAAACAAAUUCAACCAACAACUCCUGCUGUUUCAACUCGGCAACCGCAGAAACAACUACCAGUAAUCGCAAAGUCGAAGUCAACACAAAAUCCAGCACUGAAACCGACUCAAAUACCAUCCUUGUUAACAACACAGAGUAAAACAUCGAAUUAUGAGCCAAGCAAUAGAAAAAGGUAA